CGUCCCACCACUUACAAGUUACAACUCACAUUGAUUUCUACCAACAUCUCGCAGCUGGAAUUCCCCCAGCGCCGACGCCCAUCUCUUCCAUCUCGAUGGAAAAAACUCUCUUCUCUCCACGCGUCGAGGUUUGAUCAACCCCUCCGACUUCGGUCCCCGACCCCCCCGGACGAGCGACGCCACCACUGACCCUGGCGACCAUGGCACCACAUCCCCACGCCCACUUCCUAUCGCGGGUCCUGCCCUUCAGCCCGACGGCCACCCCGCUACACGCCAUCACCUACCUGUUGGGAAUCGCGCUUUUUAGCAUCUCUUUCCUUGUUUUCCUAAACUCGGCUGUGUCUUUUGUCAUCACCGACUUGCUGGGCGUUAAGACGGGCGUCGGCGAUGUUGUCGGAACUCUCGGCUUCGUCGACGAGCUCGUCGCGCUCGUCGCCUGUCCCGCCUGGGGCCUCGUCAGUGAUCGCCUGGGCGUGCGCUGGGUCGCCGUCCUCGGUUAUGCUAUCAUCGCCUUUAGCCUCUUUGUCUUCGUCCAGGCCCGCGACGUCUACCCCAGCCUCGUCCUGGCCCGGAUUGCCUUCGCCAUCGGCGCCACCGCCGCCGCCACCAUGGUCACCGCCAUACUUCCCGUGCUCACUGACGACGGGCCCUCGCCGGGGGCAUCUGCCCCGAGCGACGAGGAGGAGGCCGAGGAUAGCCCCGGCGGCAGCGAAGGUUCGAGCCGGAAGCCCUCCACCAAUGACCAGAGGGACAGCGUGGCCAUAAGCCUCGAGAGUGACGCCACGAUUACCCCAGAGAGCUUCACGAGGGAACUAUCCCGCAACCAGGGAGGCCCGUCGGGUAGCGCUGAUUCCGAAGGCGCUGACACGGGCGCCGAUGCCGAAGCCAAAAGCAGGCGGCCAUCAGCGCUGGCGGGUUACGUGGGUCUGUUCACUGGUUGCGGAGCCCUCCUCGCUCUUGCGCUCUUUUUACCACUACCGGCGCAUUUCUCCAGCGAAGAGGGCGUCACGCCGGCGCAGGCCAUUACGUAUAGCUUCUACGUCGUGAGUGUCGUCGCGCUCUUCGUCGCCGUCUUCGUAUUCUUCGGUCUGCGCGGCCUAAGGGGCGAAGAAGGGAAGGGGUGGCGCAUGCUCCUCGGUCUUCGCAGGUCGCAGAACGAGGGGCUACGACCCACAACGGCGGGCAGACCGCUUCCGUACCGGCGUCUGCUGCUCUCCUCGCUACGCCUCGGCUUCACGGACCCGAACAUCGCGCUCGGGUACCUCGGCGGCUUCGUGGCACGCGCGAGCACCGUGGCCAUCUCGCUGUUCGUACCGCUCUACGUCAACGCCUUCUUUAUCGAUAACGGCUUUUGCCGCGGCUCGCCCAACGACCCCUCUCCCGAACUCAAGAAGGAGUGUCGCGCCGCGUACGUGCUCGCGUCGAUCCUGACCGGGGUCGCGCAGCUAGCGGCCCUGCUGUGCGCGCCGCUCUUCGGGUACGCUAGCGGCCGGCUAGUCCUGUGGCGGCGGCAGAGCUCGAAAGAAGGCGGCGGCAGCGUCGGCGUCGACUUACCCCUCGUGCUCGCCGCCCUCCUAGGCGUCGUCGGGUACCUCGCGUUCCCCCGGCUCCGCAGCCCCGAGUACAAGGACGCGGACGGGCGCGGCGGCGGGCCCGCCGUCUUUCUCAUCGCCGUGCUCAUCGGUAUCAGCCAGAUCGGCGCCAUCGUGUGCAGCCUCGGGUCCCUGGGGCGCGGCGUCCUGAACGCGGACGCGCCCGUCGUCCGGGCCGCCGACAACGGAGACGCGGGGGCGGAGGAGGACAAUAUAGAAACAGAUGCCCUCAUGGGAGGAGAGCAGCAGCAGCAGCAGCAGCAGCAAGGUAGCGGCGCUGACGGGACGCAGGUAGCGAAGUCGCGCGUGCAGCUCAAGGGCUCGAUCGCCGGCGUGUACUCGUGGUGCGGCGGCGCGGCCAUCCUGCUGCUUACCAAGCUCGGCGGCUACCUGUUCGACGUGGCGGCACCCGGUGCGCCGUUCUACCUGAUGGCCGGGUUUAACGCGGCGCUGCUCGUCGCCGCGCUGGGCAUCGGGCUCGGGCCCGGGUCCAGACUGAGGAGCUGAGGAACGAGGAAAGGAGAAAAAGAGGACGGUGGGAAGGCGGGCGGGUUGAAAAUUCGUUCCUUGCGUGUCUGCGGUCUUUGGGUAUGAAUUGAUAUAUACGUUUUUGCUAUACGCACUAGGUCAAAAACAUAGGUAACCUCCCUGAAGGCAAGGGAAAGGAGGGUGCUAAGAAAGUAUAGGUAAUUGGUAAUCAACACUAGGUGUUUUUUUUUAUAUAGUUAUCCUUAUACGCAGCACGUGUAUCGCAUUCAUUCUCGUGGGCUUCACCUGUGACGCCU